AUGUCGUUCUUCCAGCGCAUGCUCCGUACUACCGAGUUCCUUAGGGCUGUCCCCAAGAGCGACCAGUUCAUCGAGGGUGCCCUCACGCCCGAGGAGUUCGUGACCGCCGGCGACUUCCUCGUCCGUAAGUGUGGCACCUGGCAAUGGGAGGCCGGCGAUCCGGCCAAGGCUCGCAGCUACCUCCCGGCCGAUAAGCAGUACCUCGUCACUCGUCAGGACGCCAGUCGGCUUGGGAAAUGUGUGGCGGCCGGCCAGCCUGUGGCCCUUGGCUGCCCGGGCCCGGCCAUCACCCCGGCCUGGAGGCCGCACCACCGGGCCGCUGCAUACCACACCGGCGGUUGA